AGGAGGAGACCCAAUCGCUGAGUACGUCUGUCAGUGUGACAGGCGCAGAGUGACUGAGAGAGGAGGCUGGAAUAGCAUAGUCUAGUGUAGUCUUGCCCGCCUUGCACCCAGAGCGGAGUUAACACUCAGUCCGCCGAAAUUGCCUUCAACAGCGGAAUGUUUUCUCGAAGGAGCCAUGGAGAUGUCAAGAAAUCUACACAGAAAGUUCUGGACCCAAAGAAGGAAGUGAUAACCCGCCUGAAGCACCUACGCGCACUGAUAGAUAUCCUUGAUAAAGGAGAACUCAAGAACUUCUUUGAAACACACAACUCCCAAAUAUACUUUAUUUUCUAUGAAAAUUUCAUUACACUGGAAACUAGUUUGAAGCAAAAAGGGAAUAAAUCUCAAAGGGAGGAGCUGGACUCCAUCCUUUUUCUUUUUGAAAAAGUACUUCAGCUUCUUCCUGAAAAAAUAUUCUUCAGGUGGCAUUUUCACAGUAUAGGUUCCAUUUUGAAGAAACUUUUGCACACAGGAAACUCUAUUAAGAUAAGGUGUGAAGGCAUUCGUCUUUUUUUACUGUGGCUUCAAGCACUGCAGACAAAUUGUUCAGAGGAGCAGCUUUUAAUUUUUGCAUGUCUUGUGCCUGGUUUUCCUGCGGCUUCUUCUGCCAAGGGUCCUUGCACUCUGGACACCAUCAUUAAUAAUUCCCCAAAUAAUAUUGCAGAUGGCAAAAUUCUUCCUGAAGAAAUUGUACCUCUGGUGCCAGCAGUUCCAGUUGAAAAGCUUGCAGAUGACCAGACAUGCUUCUUUCUUGAAGUUGUUCUGAAAUAUAUGGUUAUUCAGGCUUCAAGUUUAGAAUGGAGAAGCAAGGAGAAUGAAGACACUGGAUUCAUAUUUUUGUUCACACUUUUUAAGAAGUAUUACCUUCCUCACUUGUUCCCAAAUUUUACUAAGUUUACAAACUUGUAUAAACCUUUACUAGAUAUUCCUCACCUCCGACCAAAACCACUGUAUGUUCCAGUUACUCGUAACAAUGAAACCACUUACUGUCCAAGAGACCAGUAUCUCGGAGCACGGGUUGCUUUUAUUAAUUGGCUUGUGACCUUCUUUCUGGAAAAGAAGUAUAUUACAACACAGAACAUAAAGAACGGCACAGAAGUCUUUCCAAAAAUUAUACAGACUGUAACAGCUACUGGUAUAAUUCAAGAGAAGAACACUGAGGCAGAGACAAGUGGGCCUUCUGAACCUGAUAAAAGCCAUUCCAACAGCAGCACCCUGUCUGAUAGAAGGCUUAGUAAUUCAAGUCUCUGUAGUGUUGAAGAGGAACACCGUGCAGUGUAUGAUAUGGUGCAGUCAAUAUUGCUUCAUACUAGAGACAACGUCAAUUUUGUUAAUGAAGUAUUUCGCCAGGCCUUUUUGUUACCACCCUGUGAGGCAUCAACUGUGAGGAAAGUGACAAAAGUAUACAGAAAAUGGAUUUUGUUAGAAAAGCCAUUUUUUAUGAUGGAGCCAGAAACAGCAAAGUCCGUAGAGAAUGUUGAAAAAAGUUCUGACCAAAUACAAAAAACGGAAACAGAUUGUCCACAGUCUGUUGAGCACCAAGGUCAUAGACGGUCUUCUAGCUGGGGCAGAACAUAUUCAUUUAGCAAUGCAAUAAGCAGAGGCUGUAUGAUGGAAGAAGAAAACAUGGAUAUUAAAGCUGGAAUACAACCUGCACUCCAGGUUUUCCUUACUAAUUCUGCCAAUGUGUUCUUACUUGAGCCAUGCCCUGAUGUUCCAAAACUUGUGGAAGAGCAAGUUGAUGUAUGCAAAAAUGUUCUGUACAUUUACAGGCGAAUGAUUAUGGAGCAGUCAAUGAAUAAAAAGACAUGGGAACAAAUGUUACAAGUGCUGCUUAGGGUGACUGACACUCUGGUGCGAAGACCACAAGAUGGCCAGGGAAAGGAUAUAUUUGCUGACAGUCUUGCUGGACAGCUAUUCCGAACUGUUAUUGUUGCCUGGAUUCGAGCCAAUUUAAGUGUGUUCAUCUCUCGGGAGCUCUGGGACGAACUACUUGGCAUUCUGUCAUCCCUCACUGAUUGGGAAGAAUUGAUCAAUGAAUGGGCUUACAUUAUGGAUUCAUUAACAGCAGUACUUGCAAGAUAUGUAUAUGGCCUAGACAUGAGUAACUUGCCACUUGACAAACUGAGUGAACUAAAGGAAAAGAAACAAAGGGGCAGAGGUGGUGGUCAGGAUGUGCAGAAGGGAGCCGGUGUUGGUAGGUCAUUCUCUUUAAGCUGGAGAAGUCAUCCUGAAGCACAGGAGCCAAUGAGGAUGAGGAGUGCUACCACUUCUGGAGCUCCAGGAGUGGAAAAAGCAAGAAAUGUUGUUCGACAAAAAGCAACAGCUAAGCGAAGCCAGUCUAUCAGCAACUGUGCUCACCUUUAUGAGGCUUUACCUACUACUAAAAGUGUACCUCUACUGCUUCACACUAUGAGCUCUUUCUUACCUGGUAUAUCUCACAACUCUAGCUCUCAGAGACUUUCAGAAGUGGAGGAACAAGGAGAUGCAUCAUCUGAUACUGAGGGUUUGGGAGUUGAAGAGGAUCAACAGCAAUUGACCCGUAGCAGCAGCACUUCUGAUAUUGCACAAAAUUAUUCCUCUGAUUCAUUUCAAGGGAAAAAAAGUGAAAAUAUAACUUCAGACAUUGGGACAAUGCGAAUUCAAGGUGAUACAACAGGAAGAAAAGAAAAUGAAACACCAUUGAUUUUAAUCAGACGAAGUAGCAGCCCUGCUGAUUUGGAGUUUUCUGGAAAUGGCAGUAUAUUUACUGCAGGUCAAAAGGUUCGGGAAAAAAGUGAAAGUAUCAGCAGUGAAACCUCUAAUGGCUACCUCAGUGAAAAUGAAGCUAUCAUACCCUGGCAGUCUUUAGAAGAGGAUCAGGAUGUCAUUUCUCCAAAUGAUAUUACUACUGAUUCAUAUGGACCCCGAAAUCUAAUACAUAUAAGUCAUUUAGCAUUGACAGGUUCAGAUGGCAACGUGUCAACUUACUUUGAGCCUUCUUCACAAUCCCUUAUUACCUCUGCUUCUCCACCAUUAAUUGUCUUACCUGACUGCAAAGACUCUCCCCCUCUUUUGGAUGACAACAUGCACCACUCGGUUUUGCAUAUAACUGAAGAUCUGGACAGUAGUGAAUGUUUAGCUGAUGACACCAGCAUUAUAGCAGGAGGAAGUCUCGCAGGAUGGCAUCCAGAUUCUGCUGCUGUGCUUUGGAGAAGAAUUCUAGGAAUUCUAGGAGAUGUAAACAGAAUUUGCUGCCCAAAUAUACAUGCUAAAGUUUUCCGAUACCUGUAUGAUCUGUGGCAUAAACUGUCAAAGGAUGUUUUGAACAUCAUCAUUAGACAUUGUUCUCCACAGUUCUUCUUCCUCAGUUUACCUGGAUUCACAAUGCUACUGGGUGAUUUCAUCACAGCUGCAGCUCGAAUUCUCAGCUCUGACACUUUGGAGUACCCACGGACUGAAGCAACAACUAUUCUUGGGUCCAUAGUCUGUUUCUCAAACCUUUACAGGCAAAUGCCUUCACUGCAGCCCAUAACUGGAUCAACAGACAUCAUCUCAGGGAAUGAAGAUAUAAAGGAUUAUUCCAUCAGCAUUUUGUUGAUGAGUGCAAAGAAUGAACCAAGUGAAAGUGCAAGGUGCAUUGCAAUUUGCAGCUUGGGAAUCUGGAUCUGUGAAGAACUACUUCAGGGCACUAAUCAUCCUUGUGUUAAAGAUGCAAUAAACAUAAUGGGUGUAACACUAAAGCUGUCAAAUAAAGUGGUGGCCCACCUCGCAUGUGAUAUUUUUCGCCUUCUUGUCUGUCACUGGCACAAUCUUCAAAAAUAUGAAUUAUCACUUCCUAAGAAAAUUACUGAAAUUUUUGUUGCCACAAUUGCAUUUCUUUUGCCAAGUGCAGAACAUUCGACUGUAGAGGCAGACAAAAAGCUAAUGGUGUCACUGCUCCUCUGUUUGCUGGAUUGGUGCAUGGCAGUUCCUUUGAAUACACUACUAGAGCCCAUUACCAUGCCAGUACUUGAGGAUCUAAGCUCACAAAAAGCUCCUCUGCUGGACUAUAUUUACAGGGUAUUGCACUGUUGUAUACAUGGGUCUAAUCUCUAUACGCAACAAAGCCAUUAUCUGCUGAGCCUUGCAGAUCUUUGUGCUUCAGACUAUGAUCCAUUCUUAAAGCUUGAAAAUGUCAAGAACACUGAACCACAACAGUCUUACUUGUUUGGUGAUUUCGGUAACUUGCUCACAGUUGCUGAAGAGAAGAAGAGAAGGAACAUGGAGCUGAUUCCACUUACUGCACGGAUGAUAAUGACACAUUUAGUAAAUCAUCUGGGUCAUCAUCCUCUUAGUGGAGGCCCUGCCAUUCUUCAUAGUCUUAUUAGUGAAAAUCAUGAUAACUCUUAUGUUGAUUGUUCUGAUCUUUCAUCUGAAGUCUUCAAGAGUCCAAAUUUGCAACUUUUUGUAUUAAAUGACAGCACACUUGUGUCUUAUUUGCAGAUCCCUGCAGAAAAGAAUCAACCUGGUGAGCCUCAAAAGGCUAGUUCUGAUGUUCGUGUCAUUGUUAGAGAUAUCUCUGGCAAAUAUUCUUGGGAAGGUGGAUUAAUAUAUGGACCUUUGGACAGUGAGCCAUUUGUUUAUGAUAAUAACCAUAAAACAUCAUUGCCUAGUACCUUUGGCUUUCCAUCAACCUUGAACAGGAACACAGUAAACAAUGAAGAAGAGAAAGAUGAAUUGUAUAUAUUGUUGGAAAACCUUGGCAAUAGUAGUCCUGAAUGUCUAUCCCAUCCACAACUAAAUCUAAAUGAGCCAACACCCCCACCAUUUGGAAUGAGCAUUGAUCAGGAGAAAACAAUCAUGGAAAGCAUCUUAAGACAAAGCUGCCAUGAAGAGGAACAUAUUAAAAGGUGGAGCAGCGACAUUAGUAUGAAAGUAGCAAGGAAGGAAAAACCUAAUUCACAAGAACCCAACGCUCCAUUUUAUUUCUGUCGACUUUUGUUAAAUGAUUUAGGAAUGAAUUCCUGGGACAGAAGAAAACGUUUUCAUAUUUUAAAGAAAAAUUCAAAGCUUUUAAGAGAACUUAAAAACCUUGAUUCAAGACAAUGCCGUGAAACACACAAAAUUGCAGUGUUUUAUAUUGCGGAAGGUCAAGAAGACAAAUGUUCCAUUCUUUCAAACACAAGAGGCAGCAAAGCAUAUGAAGAUUUUGUUUCUGGACUUGGAUGGGAGGUAAAUCUUGCAACACACUGUGGAUUUAUGGGAGGCCUGCAGCGAAAUGGCAGCACAGGACAAACAGCACCUUAUUAUGCUACCUCCACUAUUGAAGUUAUAUUUCAUGUGUCUACAAGAAUGCCUUCUGAUUCAGAUGACUGUUUAACCAAAAAGCUUCGUCAUUUGGGAAAUGAUGAAGUUCACAUAGUAUGGUCUGAACACUCAAGGGAUUACCGAAGUGGUAUUAUACCAACAGACUUCGGUGAUGUACUUAUAAUAAUUUAUCCAAUGAAGAAUCAUAUGUUCUACAUACAAAUUAUGAAGAAGGCUCAGGUCCCAUUUUUUGGUCCACUCUUUGAUGGAGCCAUUGUAACAGGAACAUUGCUGCCAAGUUUAGUGCGUGCCACUUGCAUCAAUGCCAGUCGAUCUGUGAAAUCACGACUAACACUCUAUCAAAGUUUUUAUGAAGAAAGGGCGCUGUACCUGGAAGCAAUAGUUCAGAACCACCGAGAAGCCAUGACAUUUGAAGACUUUUCUGCUCAGGUGUUCUCCCCUUCGCCAAGCUGUUACACAAUGAGCGGAGCAGGUUCCUUCAGUGGCAGUGCAUAUGCUGAUCUCCACCCCUCUGUUACCACAGAUUCAACAGACCAGGUCUCCCCAACAAUGCCACGUGCCACAAAGAGUCGUGUCUCUGGGAAACUCCGUCGCUCAGCCUCUGCUAUUAGUAAAUCCUCAAAUUGAAGACUUAUAUCUAUUAUGUCUGAGUCAUUCCAUCUCUUGAAAUGCUUUAAAAUGCCCUGCUUUGCUGCCAGACACCAUGCUGUAAUCUGUGAAACCUGUUGCUAAAGCAGAACCUGCAAUAAACACCUCAUUUAUUCAGCACAUGUCAAUAAGAAAGUAAUAUAUUUUAUAUGGUUAUUGCUUAUUUUCCUAAUUUUCAAUUAAGGUGAGCAUUUUGUAAUUAAAUUAUUGAAUUGUUUCCAUGUUGUGAUAUAUGCAGUUCCCUGUUUUGUUUUACAGUGUCAGAGCUACACACAUUAAAAAAUAUUGGAAUGAAAAUGUUCACAACCAUGCAGCACUAAAACUGUUUCCCAACACUGAUCUCUUCUGUUUUAUUUUUGUCUCCUAAACUGCAGUGUACACACUAAUAAAAAUAAAAUGAAAAGAUUAUGGCGAGACAAAUAUGUUGCAUGCUAAAAUGCCCAGAAUGUUCCAUUUAUCUUUUGUGGUUCAGGGUUAAUAUGUAGCAUUAACAGUAAUCCAUAUUUGUAACACUAGCUUAUUUACUGUUUCACUAGAUAAAAUUAUUUCUUCACAGUACAGUUUUCAGUAUUUUUCAUAAUGGAUGUGGUUAUUUGUUACGUAUUUACCUCAAACCAUUUCUAAGCUGUACAUUCAUGAAGACCUUUUUCAAGUUUGCAAAUGGGGCUAUUGAUGAUGGAUUCUAUUGUUUAGCUACAUCUUAAUUAUUUUGCAUUAGACCGUGCAGCAUGGUAAAAUAUGUUUGGCUAUCCAGUCAUGAACUAUUCUCUAAGUAAAUGUGUCCACAAACUUAUUUUCUGGCAGCUUCCUUUACCUGUCAAUAAUAAUUUAAUGCUUUAAUGAUUUAUGAAAUAACCAAAUGCAUGUGUUACUUUUUUUAAAUUCUUGAACACUAAUGUACAAUGCAUGUGCAGCAUGUCUGAUACUAACAUCUUAACUGUAGCAAAUUAUUUCUUUCUUAGUUGGUAAACACUGUGUUUGUUUAUAGCUUGUGAGUGUUUUUGUAAUCAGUUACAUUUAUGUUAACAAUUUUCAGACAUAAUAAUACAUUUAUUUUGAUGUUAUGUAAAUAUGGUAAUUUGUCUUAGUUAAACAUAUUCUGUUAAGUUAUUUUUGUCAGUUUCUGUCAUAUUUUAUCAAAUGAGUGAUUUCAUGGACUCCUAUCUAAAUAUUCUCAGUAUCUGGCCCAGAAACUGGAAAGAUUAACUUGUAAUACUGGCCACGAGGUAUACUUUAUUUAACAUGAGCUACACACUUGCAUUAAAUUUGUUCUCAUGUGAAGCACUGCACAUUUAUCGUAAAUUCUAUUUUGUACUCUUUUGGAUGCAAGUUGCAAAUGUCUAUGUGUUGUAUGGUAAGACUGUGCUUGUAUAACUGAUCAUAGCUAGGUGGUGGUGGUGGUGACAUUUUUAAACCAUGGCUUUUAUUUAAAGCAACUUUUUCCAUCAAAAUCAAUUAAGUGGUUUGAAUAAUAAAAUAAAAACAAAAUGUCUCAGCUGAAGCUGAGCUAUACAAACAGCCUUAAAUGCUGUGUUCAAAGGUACGAGCACAGCAAAAUGCCAGCACUGAUCUUGGGUGUUGCACCUGAUAUUUUGUUAGCUUACUCUCUGCUUAGUAGCCGAGCCUCCCUCGACACUACAGUUGCCAUGAGAGCCGCAUAUUACAUGCACUAUGGGAUCUCAGCAGGAGAUGCAUCUUUACCCCUGUUGCACUGGCUUGCCUUACUUAAAACAUAAUUACGAAGCACUGGUGAGAUUCACAUGAGACUUGAUGUUGGCCGUGUGUGUGUGUGUGUGUGUGUGUGUGUGUGUGUGUCUGUGCACACAAUAUAACACACAGUAAUGUGUUUAUUAAUGAUUGUAUGCUAAUAGUAAAAUUUAAUCUUGCAUGUCUCUCUUGAAAGGAAUAUAACAGAAGAAAAGACUACUGUUAAUAACUUACCUUUGAUGAAACUGACUUUGUUUUGGGGAUUUUCCUUUUUUUUUUUUUUUUGGCACAUUUCUGUAUAUAACUUUUGUAAAGUAAAAACAAGAGAACCUUGAAAGAUUCCAACUUAUACUGUUAACAUGUCUUACUGUUUUUAAAUCUAAAUGAAGUUUAUGGAUACCUUUAUUACAAUGUCAGUUUUAAAAGAAUUAAUUAAAAUGAUUUGAAAUGAA